AUGCAGGUUCUCGUUCCCCGAAGAAGCUACGACCCUGAAUAUAGUGUAUUUGUGAAGGUAGAGAACAGAAGUUUCCCGGAUCAUGAGUCGCUUUCGAUUCCUCACUGUCAGGUUUCAAUUGCAUGGAAGUUCAUUAGAAGCCACCGUUCUUCUUUAGAUACCGGCACCGACACAAGGCCGAUUAUAGACGUCAAUACAUGGCAUGAAUCUAAUGAGAAGUACCCAUUCGAGUUAUUCACAUCCAAUAAUACCUGCAAUAUUAUAUCAAACAUGCUAUCUCGCAUAGACAUCCCAUUCCCACUAGAUAGGCUACGCUGGAGAAAACGUUACAUUGGAAACACAGAGCCAUUAGAGGACGUUGAAGCUAUGACAAGGAAAAUAGUGCUUGUUGUUAAAGCCAUGGCUAGCCAAGCAGCUUCUCACUCUGGACUUGGGAGGCUGGAUAUACUUGUCACCGUGGAGAAGGAGAUUAUAUUACCACAAACACAAUAUCAAUUAAUGCAACUGGAGGUUCGGGUCGAGGAUUUGAGGCAAGGUUUGGCCUCAUUAGGACAGGGUUAUGUUGAUGAUUUUCGGCGUUUGCAGGGUCUUCAAGAUUUGGAGCUGAGGCUAUUGACAGAAAGGAAUCAACUACUUCGUAGGGCAGCAGCAGCCCUACUAACAGAGGAGGCUGCUGUAAGAGAGUCGUUGGAUGAAGCUGCAGUACUGUUGAGACCAAAACCUGCAAGCAAAGCAUCAGUUGAGGCCUUGGAGAAGUUGGUGUUUCAGGGAGGAGGAGGUGAGUGUGUGGUUUGCUUGGAGAAGAUGGUGAGUGGGGAUCAAGUCACGCGUUUGCCAUGCUCUCAUGUGUUUCAUGGAGAUUGCGUUGUUGAAUGGCUAAAACUAGGGCAUACCUGUCCUGUUUGCAGGUUCAAGUUGCCAACAGACUGA